UUUUUUCAAAGAAAGAAAAAGAACUCCGAUCGAAGACUCCGCCAUUGCAAUCAAUCAUCAAAUCAGAGCUCUGCUCACAUCUGUUGGAAUCUAUGGCGAAGAAAGGUGUUCCCGAUUGGCUGAACAGCUCCAUGUGGUCCACUUCCCCUUCUCCCGGCGACGAUCGCCUCCUCCGCCACUCCUCUUCAGCCGUAUCUCAACCCAUCGUCGAGAUUUCCCCGUCGCCGUCGCCGCCGCCGCCACCGCUUCGUGUUUCUCCUCCGUCAACUAAGUCCGCCGCACCAGAUCCGCCACUUCCGGCUCCUCCUCCUCCGGCGAAGACCGAGUCGAACGAUCAGCGGAAUGGGAGCGGUAACGCCGGAGGUGAGAACUGGACUCCGGAGGCUUCUCCGGUGGGGGAUGUUUCUCGGCAAGCACAGCUCUUGGCGGAGUUAUCCAAGAAGGUGAUAAACUUGAAGGAAGUGAGGAAAAUAGCUUCUCAAGGUCUACCUGAUCAUGCUGGCAUUCGCUCAAUUGUCUGGAAGCUCUUACUCGGUUAUUUGCCACCUGAUCGCUCCUUUUGGCCCUCUGAGAUGGCUAAGAAACGGUCACAGUACAAGCAGUUCAAAGAGGAGCUUCUGAUGAAGCCUUCAGAAAUAACGAGGAGAUUGGAUAAAUCAAAGGGUCGUGAUAGUAAUGAGCCAAAAAAUGAAGGCAGUGGUGUCCUUUCAAGGUCAGAGAUAACUCAUGAAGAUCAUCCCUUAAGUCUUGGAACAACAAGCACAUGGAAUAAUUUUUUCAAGGACUCGGAAGUCAUGGAACAGAUUGACCGAGAUGUAAUGCGCACUCAUCCAGACUUACACUUUUUCUCUGGGGAUUCAGUAGCUGCAAGAUCUAAUCAGGAUGCUUUGAAGAACAUCUUGAUCAUUUUUGCGAAGUUGAAUCCUGGCAUCAGAUAUGUUCAAGGGAUGAAUGAGAUUUUGGCACCCAUUUUCUACAUAUUUAAAAAUGACCCCGAUGAAGGAAAUUCAGCCCAUGCUGAAUCAGAUGCAUUUUUUUGUUUUGUUGAACUGAUGAGUGGGUUUCGAGAUAAUUUCUGUCAACAACUGGAUAACAGUGUCGUUGGUAUUCGUUCCACUAUCACAAGACUUUCACAGCUCUUGAAGGAGCAUGACGAAGAACUUUGGCGUCAUCUAGAGAUCACAACAAAAAUAAAUCCACAAUUUUACGCGUUCAGAUGGAUCACUCUCCUCCUGACCCAGGAGUUCAACUUUGCAGACAGCCUCCGAAUCUGGGACACACUCUUAAGCGACCUCGAGGGUCCUCAGGAAACUCUGCUUCGGAUUUGCUGUGCGAUGUUGAUUCUAGUUCGAAGACGUCUUCUUGCUGGAGAUUUCACGUCAAACCUCAAACUUCUCCAGAAAUAUCCUCCAGGAAACAUCAGUCAUAUGCUGUACGUGGCGGACAAGUUACGGUCUAAAUCUUCAGGGUAAUAAUUACUUGCUAACCAAGAAAUCUCAUCAUCUUUCCAAACCCUAAUCCUCCUCUCUGUAUAUAUAUAUAUAUAUAUAUAUAUUACAGUGUAGAUGCUAGUUUUCUUUGCCAUAACUACACGGUAUCGUCUUGUGUUAAGUGGGUUGAGUAUUGCAUCGGAUUGGGCAUCGCCUGGACAGAGUUUAGGGUUGUCUUCUUCUUUGGGUUUCUUGUUUUCGUGCGCGUGAAGUUACCCAGAUGAGCAGGGCAAAGCUUUGAUCCUUAUUAGGGUUAAGUUAAAAAAAUCCUUAAAAUUGUCA